UUAUGCAUGUGCAUCUCUCGCACCAGACCCAAGUGGAUUUUCGGCCUCAAAAACAUCGGGUGACUGUACACACACCUCCCUGCCAGACCUGCGGGGUAUUCACCUGAUGUACAACAGGUGGCCAGGUGUAUGUUUUGCAAUCUGAUCUAUGCUAUAUUCACGUGGUAAGGGUGGGCCUGCACGCACUUAGCUCAACGAGACCCGUGUGUCAUUUACCAGAUAAAGUACUACCUCGGCCGAAACCUGAGGGUCGAAGGGAGAAAGGCUUCACCUGCUUCUGUGAGACCAUGGCACUGAGCCCACAACUCUGGACUAGGGGAGAUACCUAGAUAGCUCUUCAUUCCUAAGGAACGAAGUUACUUCCAUCGUUUUGUCUUUUUUUUUUUUUUAAUUCUUAAAUAUUUUUGUCAGCUACUGGUAGUGCACUUUAUAGGAUAGUCUGCUUGAAUUCUGAGUAGAAGGGUUCUUAUUAGGGGCUUUUUUAUGUGGUGUGAAUCAAGAUAAUUAAGGUUUUUUAAAGUUAUCUUUUCUAUUUUUACAAUCAAAGUAGCUAGUGUAGGUGGAGGGAUUUUGGGGGGUUGUCCUUUUUUCUCUAUCCUUAUAAAAAGGAAAAGAAAAAGAAAUGCAUCCUCCAGAAACCACCACCAAGAUGGCUUCAGUUCGGUUCAUGGUGACUCCAACAAAGAUUGAUGACAUUCCAGGUUUGUCAGACACCAGCCCAGACCUCAGUUCUCGAUCCAGUUCCCGAGUAAGAUUUAGUUCCCGGGAAAGCGUGCCGGAAACAAGCCGUAGUGAGCCUAUGAGUGAGAUGUCUGGGGCCACCACUUCACUGGCAACUGUUGGACUGGAUCCAGCUAGUGACCGGACCUCUAACCGCCAGGAUGUUACUGAAGACCCGAGUCAGAACUCCAUCACAGGGGAACACAGCCAUCUGUUAGAUGAUGGGCAUAAGAAAGCUCGAAAUGCUUAUCUCAAUAAUUCCAACUAUGAAGAAGGAGAUGAAUAUUUUGAUAAAAACCUGGCACUCUUUGAGGAAGAAAUGGACACCAGACCAAAGGUGUCUUCCCUCCUCAACCGCAUGGCCAAUUAUACUAAUCUGACACAAGGAGCGAAGGAACAUGAAGAGGCAGAGAACAUCACUGAAGGGAAAAAGAAGCCCACCAAGACUCCCCAGAUGGGUACCUUCAUGGGUGUCUAUCUCCCAUGUCUACAAAAUAUUUUUGGAGUGAUCCUGUUUCUACGCCUUACAUGGGUAGUAGGCACAGCUGGAGUUCUUCAGGCCUUUGCAAUUGUCCUUAUCUGCUGCUGCUGUACACUGUUGACUGCUAUUUCCAUGAGUGCCAUUGCCACGAAUGGAGUGGUGCCAGCUGGGGGUUCAUACUUUAUGAUUUCCCGGGCACUGGGCCCAGAGUUUGGUGGGGCUGUUGGCCUCUGCUUUUAUCUUGGUACCACAUUUGCAGCAGCCAUGUAUAUCCUUGGAGCCAUUGAAAUAUUUCUGGUGUAUAUUGUCCCCCGAGCCGCCAUCUUCCAUAGCGAUGAUGUGCUCAAGGAAUCAGCAGCCAUGCUGAACAACAUGCGAGUCUACGGCUCAGCCUUCUUGGUCCUCAUGGUGUUGGUGGUGUUCAUCGGUGUGCGCUAUGUAAACAAGUUUGCCUCACUUUUCCUGGCCUGUGUCAUUGUGUCCAUCUUCGCCAUCUAUGCAGGAGCCAUCAAGUCUUCUUUUGCCCCUCCACACUUCCCGGUCUGCAUGCUGGGUAACCGCACCCUGUCAUCAAGACAUAUUGAUAUUUGCUCAAAGACCAAGGAAAUGAACAACAUGACAGUACCAUCAAAGUUAUGGAGCUUCUUCUGUAACUCAAGUCAGUUUUUCAAUGCCACUUGUGAUGAAUACUUUGUUCACAAUAAUGUCACUUCAAUUCAGGGCAUUCCUGGAUUGGCUAGUGGUGUCAUUACAGAGAAUCUUUGGAGUAAUUAUCUACCAAAGGGAGAGAUCAUUGAAAAGCCCUCAGCCAAAUCUUACGAUGUCUUAGGCAGCUUAAACCAUGAGUAUGUCCUUGUUGACAUCACCACUUCUUUCACUCUUCUGGUGGGAAUCUUCUUUCCCUCUGUCACAGGUAUCAUGGCUGGAUCAAACAGAUCCGGAGAUCUGAAAGAUGCCCAAAAGUCUAUUCCUAUUGGCACCAUCCUUGCCAUCCUGACCACCUCCUUUGUCUAUUUAAGCAAUGUUAUCCUUUUUGGAGCAUGUAUUGAAGGUGUUGUUCUCAGAGACAAAUUUGGGGAUGCUGUGAAAGGUAAUCUUGUGGUGGGUACUUUAUCUUGGCCAUCCCCAUGGGUGAUUGUUAUUGGCUCCUUCUUCUCCACCUGUGGGGCUGGACUUCAGAGUCUCACGGGUGCACCUAGGCUACUACAAGCUAUAGCCAAGGAUAACAUCAUACCCUUUCUGAGGGUUUUUGGUCACAGCAAAGCAAAUGGGGAACCUACCUGGGCUUUACUUCUAACUGCUGCCAUUGCAGAGCUGGGAAUCCUUAUUGCAUCCCUGGAUCUUGUGGCCCCAAUUCUUUCAAUGUUUUUCCUCAUGUGUUACCUCUUUGUGAACUUGGCAUGUGCCUUACAAACAUUACUUCGAACACCCAACUGGAGACCCCGGUUCCGCUACUACCACUGGGCCCUGUCUUUCAUGGGAAUGAGUAUCUGUCUGGCUCUGAUGUUCAUUUCUUCCUGGUACUAUGCCAUUGUAGCUAUGGUAAUAGCUGGUAUGAUCUACAAGUACAUCGAGUACCAAGGAGCUGAGAAAGAAUGGGGUGAUGGUAUCCGUGGGCUGUCUCUCAGUGCAGCCCGGUUUGCUUUGCUUCGGCUGGAGGAAGGACCGCCACACACUAAAAACUGGAGGCCUCAGUUGCUUGUAUUGCUGAAACUAGAUGAAGACUUACACGUCAAGCAUCCUCGCCUCCUCACCUUUGCUUCACAGCUUAAAGCAGGAAAGGGUCUCACUAUUGUGGGCUCUGUCAUCGUGGGGAACUUCCUGGAGAACUAUGGGGAAGCUUUAGCCGCUGAGCAGACCAUAAAACACCUAAUGGAGGCAGAGAAGGUGAAAGGAUUCUGCCAGCUGGUGGUGGCCACCAAGCUCAAAGAGGGCAUUUCCCAUCUCAUCCAGUCGUGUGGCCUUGGGGGCAUGAAGCACAACACAGUAGUGAUGGGAUGGCCUAAUGGCUGGCGCCAGAGUGAAGAUGCUCGAGCUUGGAAGACUUUUAUUGGCACAGUUCGAGUGACAACUGCUGCCCAUCUGGCCCUGUUAGUGGCUAAAAACGUGUCCUUCUUUCCCAGCAAUGUGGAGCAAUUUUCUGAGGGCAACAUUGAUGUGUGGUGGAUUGUGCAUGAUGGGGGGAUGCUCAUGCUAUUGCCGUUCCUACUCAAACAGCACAAGGUGUGGCGAAAAUGCAGCAUACGGAUCUUCACAGUAGCCCAGCUAGAAGACAACAGUAUUCAGAUGAAGAAGGACCUGGCCACUUUCCUGUAUCACCUGCGCAUUGAGGCAGAGGUGGAAGUGGUGGAAAUGCAUGACAGUGACAUAUCAGCUUACACCUACGAGCGCACCCUGAUGAUGGAGCAGAGGUCCCAGAUGCUCCGGCACAUGCGACUGUCCAAAACAGAACGGGAUAGAGAGGCACAGUUGGUGAAAGACAGGAACUCAAUGCUAAGACUGACCAGCAUUGGCUCCGAUGAAGAUGAAGAGACAGAGACUUACCAGGAGAAGGUACACAUGACUUGGACCAAAGACAAGUACAUGGCAUCCCGGGGACAAAAAGCCAAGUCAAUGGAAGGAUUCCAGGACCUGCUGAACAUGCGUCCCGACCAAUCCAAUGUGAGGCGGAUGCACACAGCAGUGAAGCUCAACGAAGUUAUAGUUAACAAGUCCCAUGAAGCAAAGCUGGUUUUGCUGAAUAUGCCAGGGCCGCCCCGAAAUCCUGAGGGUGAUGAAAACUACAUGGAGUUUCUAGAAGUGCUCACUGAGGGACUGGAGCGGGUCCUCCUUGUCCGAGGUGGUGGCAGUGAAGUGAUCACCAUUUAUUCAUAAUCCACUCUGAAUGACUCUGCUUGGCCUCACUUUUCUUGAAGGGCUUCCAUCCUCGGUGGAAGUGCCAGCUUUUUACUACCGCUUCCAUCAGAUAGACGCCUGUGUUCUGUACACAUCACAGUGAACUCUUGACAAGCUGAGCCUCAAGUACUAGUGCAAAAAAGUACAAAUAGAUCUGCUCUUUGCUUUUAUAUGAUCUGUAGCAAAUAUUCCCUCAACAUCAGAAAAUGGUCAAGUCCUAAAAGACAUGUCUGGACCAGCUGAAGGCAAGUUAGAAUUAACAAGCAAAAUGAAUAAAAUGAAUUGGUAGAAGGGUUACUAGAAAAUGAACUCAAGACAAAAAGCCAGUAUGUAUCCAGCAUUAAAGAUAAAGCUCCAAAGUCAUGGUUCCUUGAUGACAGCACGGGGGUAACAGCCAGAGACACAGCCUCAUUAUACUCGAGUUCAUAGCCAAGUAUAUGGGGACGUAACAUCCUUGUGGAGAUCUGUGGCAAGCCAAGAUGAAAAACCUUUUUUUGCUAAUUUUCCUUAAAGUAUCCACUUGCUCUCCAGGACUCUAAUUUUAUAUUAGGGAACUAAUAAACAAGAACUUAAAUAUGGCCACAGCCUCUACUUGUUUCUCCAAAAUUCCCCCAGAAUAUCAGGCUUAAGUAUAUAUACUGUGUUGUAUAUUUCUGUUUUUAUUAUCAAAACCCCAUUCUGUGGUUAACAUUGUAAUACAGGCAAUGUUAUGGAAAUUGUUUUUUAAAGGUGAAGUAAAAACUAUAUCAUUUCAAAUGUCCAAACUAAAGGAACUCCAAAAGGUAGCUUUUAAGAUUUACUGAAAUACAGUCUGUGGUUACCUAUGUGACAAAGGUGAAACAUAUAAGCUCUUAUCUAAGAAACAGAGAUGAUGAUGCACAUUGACCAGGAGGUUCUCCUUUCCACCUGGGUUAGGUCAGAAAUCAGAGACAAACACCGGGAACAAUGGCUAAGAUCCUUCCCUGAGGCUUUAGCCUGUCUUUUGAGGGGGAAUCAGCAGUUCCAGAGCUGCCCUCCCCCGCUACAGUGCCAGCGUGACUAAGCUGCUGCUACUCCCCUUGCCUGCUGCACUUAAGUGGCAUACAGUCGGCAUUGGCCUGAUCCAGGAGACUUUUCUUCCACUGAGAAACCUGUGACCUCAUUUCCAAAGCCAUAAUGAAGGUUAAAUGUCCAGAGUAUGAGCAUUUUUCUUUAUCCCUUUCAAUUUUAUUCUUCAUUCUAACUGCAGAAACUUGGCUCUGAACUAAGAGAUUACCCAAGCCAAAAGUCUUCUACUUCACGUUCUCAAAAAGCCCUAAAUGUAUCGAGGAAAUAUUUAUGCAGGCUUAGCGUUUCUCUAAUUUACUGACUGCAAACAACUGGCUUUCAAGCAUAAGGAUUUAGAGAAACUAUCUUGCCUGUAUUCAUGGCCGCUUUUGAAUUUCACUUCAUUAAACGAAUGCCACACUUGUUUGAUUACCCAGUAGGAAAUGAAGCAAGCUGACCUAGGGACCAGCAGAUUAUUCAUUUGACCGUUCUGGAUAGAGGAGAACACCCUUCAAUAUGGCUUAUGAAAUUGAGUCAUUUUUGAUGUGUUCCCUUUGCUUUCUUUCAACCUCCAGACCAGUCAGGGUAGCAAAGAAGACAUCUUUUCAGUCUUUUCUUCUGCUCCUUGCUUCUGCUCCUUGCUGCAGAGGGUAGAAACAUUGUUUACAACUUCCACUGCAACACUCCAUUGCUUAGUUGAGACCAGCAGUAGUGGAAUAGGUCCCAUAGGACCCUAGAUUAAUAUUAAAGGCCCGAGCUUUAAAGGUCAGCCUGCCCAGGAAUUCUCUACAUUUACACACACCCUCUGGCCAAAACGAUAUAUGUAUAUUAAUUUUCCCACUUAGAAAAAAUGUUUUAGAAAAGCUUUUUGUGGUUGAGCUCUGUAAUAUUUUAAAAGGAUAAGGGAGUUAGUGGCUACUAAUAUAGCUGCUACUUCAUCCCUUAAAACAUAAAAUCACAGUUACAUGGGGAAAUGGUUAUUAGGCCAGAUUUAAAAUCAUUUCUGUCUAGAGCAUUUCAUGUUUAUGUGUUGCUUAUGUUGUUUGUCUGCAAAGUAUCUUGUCUCUUUUAAUCACUGCAUAUAUAGCAAUACAGAAACUUGAUUAAUGAGAAUGCACCUUAGGGGAAAGGGCUUUGUGUUUCAAGGAGGAGGAGAUAGGAGAGAUCUCCUGCCUUUUGAUUAAGAUCCAGCUUUUAAGUCUUAGCUAUGACUUUACCAGGGCAGGUUGAAAUACACAUUCUCCAGCUGCUGGCCCUCUGCCUUCUAUAGCUGUCUUAAAAGCUGAAGUUUGAUUUGCAGCAUCUGCUUGACUACCUGGCUCCUCUUGGCAGAGGAAAGGUCACUACUUUCUAUCUUCCAUUGUCUCCGAUUCCUGUGGCCCCAACAAUCCCACCAAUCCUCAUUCCCCCUAAACGUGUUAAAAAAAAAAAUUAUUGUGGAUAUUAAAGUAGCAAUUACACUGUAAGCAUAUUUAUAUGCUCUUUUUAUCUGGUUUAUUUUUUUCAUAAUGUAUAAUCUGAAUCCAGCAUUAAUUUCUCACAUCUUCACAAGUAUCUCCAAUAGAAUUUUUAUGUCCCUGCUUGUGUUAAAUAAAAGUGAAAUAUUAGGGAAGGUAUAGAUUUAAAGGAAACUGUGCAACUCUUUUUUUUUUUUUUUUUUUUACACAUUGUUCUCAGCCAUUUAAUUUAUAUUGAAAGAUGCUGCUGUGGUUCUUGAUUUAGCAGCAACCAUUCUUUUGUUUACAUAGAGUUAGGGUUUUAUUUGUUGUUUUGCUCUGUACUGGAAACAUAAAUAAAGUUUUCUACAUUAUUUUCAGUCAA